CAGCAGUCGCAUAGUCUCGAUAAGCUCGACUCGAAACAUGUUAUCUUCCUUGCUUUAUUUCAGCGAUGCAUGUUGAAUCUGCGAGGACGCGUUCGAUGAUGUAGGUGUCAAAGUAGCGGAGCAUAUCGCGGCAAAGCCUACUGCUUCCCGCCCACGUGUUCCAAACCUGGCCGCCAAUUGCGUCUACAGCCUUCACAUGGGUAUGACAUGGUUCUUUGCCGGGAGAGACGGCAGUCUUAAUACGAGUAUGCUGCAAGUCUUCUGAACAUGAGCUUGUCAGGUACAUAUGGACCUCUACCCAGCUCUGUAUGAUAUCUGGUUGUACAUCUCUUCCUCCAUCCCACAAUCACUGGCCAUGGGACUGCGCGAGUUGAUCUUUCCGGCAGCCAUUUGGAUAGGUUCUGUCAAUGCUGCACAGAAUUUACCCUCUGGAGCUGUAUCUUCGCACGUCGCUUCAUCUGGAUUUCCCACAUCUGUGUUCUCGUCAUAUUGGGUCAAGCCUGUGGCUACAGCAGAGCCACAGCCAGCACUCUACGAUCCAGUCCUGAACAUCACGUUUCCCUUAAACUUGACCUCCCCUGAUACAAUCUCGGAAGAGAAUGACGAUCCAGUCUCAUAUCCUGCUCCAGUUGCAAAUCUCACCUCUGCUGGAAAGCAAGCUAUCCUUGCAAGCAUUGUCUCUCAAGUUGAAGACAUCAUCACAAGCGAUCAAUUCACCACUAAUUGCUCGAAAUGUAUCGCCGGCCUGACAGUUGCGAAGUCUGCAGCUCAAUUGGCUCCCGAACUUCUGCCUAACACGAUGGUGUCUCUGUGCCAGAAAUUCAAGCUACAUGAUAACGAGACUUGCGAGGAAGACUUCGAGGCUUCUACCUUUGGCGCCAUUUGGACUCAAAUUCUGGCAUUGUCUGAUGUGUCUGGUCUGGAUGGUCAGUACAUCUGCAACAGAAUAUCGUCCAACUUCUGUUCAAUGCCAAAGACCAGUCCACUGAACACAACUGGGUUAUUCCCGAAACCGAAACCACACAACUACACCGUUCCCAAGGCCAGUGGUAAACGUAUCAAGGUACUUCAUAUGUCCGACAUUCACUUGGAUCCUCGAUACGCAGUCGGCAGUGAAGCUAAUUGCACGUCCUCUCUUUGUUGUCGCGCCAAUAAUUUCAACACUGCCCUCCCGACUGGUGAAAUAUCUCUUCCAGCACCAUAUUAUGGCGACUUCAAGUGUGAUAGCCCAUACGGUCUGGUCGUAGCGGCUCUGGACUCCAUCGGGCCGCUUACUGGUACUAGCGAGCAGAAUCCAUUCGGCUUCAGCAUCUACACUGGCGAUCUCGUCAGUCAUGAAGGCCAGCAAGAACUCUCCAGAGCAUAUGUCGAGUAUGCAGAGCUGUCAAUCUACGACAUGCUCAAGAAGUUUAUGCACAAGUCGCCUGUUUAUGCAGUCCUUGGGAAUCAUGAUACCAAUCCUGAAGCAAUAGACGCUCCUCACAGUCUCCCGGGGGAUCUUGGUAUGCAGAUGUCAUGGAACUUUGAUCACGUUGCGGGACUCUGGCACGAAGAGGGAUGGCUCAAUGCAACUGCUGCAAAACAAGCUAGCCUACAUUAUGGUGCUUACUCGGUCAAGACUCCUCAAGGUCUUCGCGUCAUCACCUUCAACACCGAUUUCUGGUACAAAUCCAACUUCCUCAACCUGAUCGAUACUCCCAACCCAGACAAGUCGGGCAUGUUUGCUUGGAUGACUCAAGAGCUUCAGGCUGCUGAGGACGCUGGCGAGCGCGUCUGGAUCUUGGGCCAUGUUUUGAGCGGUUGGGAUGGCACUAAUCCCAUGCCCAAUCCCACUGAUCUGUUCUACCAGAUCAUUGACCGCUACUCGCCUCAUGUCAUUGCCAAUGUCUUCUUCGGCCAUACGCACGAGGACUUUGCCUACGUCUACUACGCCAAUAACGGAACCAACCAGUCUGCUGGCAACGCCCUCAAUACUGCGUGGGUAGGUCCUAGUAUCACUCCACUUACAAACGUCAACUCGGCUUUUCGCAGCUACGAAGUCGAUACAGGCGACUGGAACGUCUAUGAAGCCUACACCUUCUACUCUGAUGUUGAGUCAUUCUCGGAACUCCAUAGCACAGGCCCAACUUUCAAGUUCGAGUACAACACCAGGGACACUUACGGUCCAAGCAUCAACUGGCCCGCCGAAGCUCCAUUGAAUGCGACUUUCUGGCACUUGGUCUCUGAGCAAAUUGAGAAGAAUACCACACUGGCCAGUACAUUCAACACUUACCAGGGAAAGAGCAGUGUGAAGAGUCCUAAUUGCACUAAUAUUGCGUGUGCAAAGGCCAAGGCUUGCUAUAUCCGCAGCGGGAGUGUAGCAUUGGGUUCAGUUUGUCCCCAGGGAUAUGGUAGUGUGCAGAGCCCCUUCAAACCGACGUCUUGAUAAAAUUGUAGAAGCUAGAGAGAAGACUGAACAUACAUUAUUGGAGGACAUAUGGAGCGGCUUGUUCGUGGUGAAAUUGGAUGUCCACGAUCUAGACAGAUAGACAGAUUUGAUACAUUGGUAGAUACUCAAGUAAAUGUCCUGCCUUUACAGAGCAUCACUUGUGAUCAAUCCUAUGGUCUAUUGGCUGGNG